AUAUGGGUCGUGUACGUACAAAGACAGUGAAAAAAGCCUCUAAGGUUAUCAUCGAAAAAUACUACACACGUUUGACAUUGGAUUUCCAUACGAACAAGCGUAUUUGCGAAGAAAUCGCCGUUAUUCCCACAAAACCGUUGAGAAAUAAAAUCGCCGGUUUCGUUACGCAUUUGAUGAAACGCCUUCGCCACUCACAAGUUAGAGGAAUUUCCAUCAAACUUCAAGAAGAAGAAAGGGAAAGGCGUGAUAACUACGUUCCGGAAGUAUCUGCUUUGGAACAUGACAUUAUUGAAGUUGAUCCGCAAACCAAGGAGAUGUUGAAGACUUUGGAGUUCAACAACAUCACCGGUUUACAAUUAACGCAACCUUCUGCGUCCGCCGGAUUCAAUAGACGUGCUUAAUUAUAAGUUAGAGAUGAAGAAAUAAAUGUUUUACAUUUGGAAA